CAGAUAGUAGGGAAGGGCUCCGUGCUGAGGUGCCGAGGAGCCCUGUCCCCACCCGGUGAGGAUCAGAAGACUCCAGCAGCUAAAAGUGCUGCCCAGGCACUGCGCUCUUAAGGUGUCUUUGGCAUGAAGGCUCAGGGGUCCAAACAUCAGAGGACAGACAGGACCCCUUAUCUGGAGUAGGAGAGCGAUUCACCUAGAAAAGCCCUCUCUUUCCUGCGAUUCUGGACCCUCCCACUCCGAGUGUCCCCGGGAGGGGACCCAAGGCAGAAGCUAGGACUUGCUGGUACCAGUCUCCAGUGAGGCGCUCUCCGGUGCCGCGGCGGGUGGCACAGGCUGGCAACCGGGGCUGGGAGAAGGAGGGGGCAAGUGCGGGCGUUCUCCAGUACUCGGUGUCGCGGGCCCGCCCUUAGGCCUGCCACUUCCAGCCCCGCCCCCGCUGCAGUAGUCCAGUGUUCUCAGGCGCAGCGCCUAGGGCGCACGAUCGGACCCGGGCGCAGGGGUACUGAGAGAUCUGUCUCCCGGACCUGGGUUUUGUCAUCUUUGAAGCAGAGAGCCCUGGAGAAGACUUUUGCACAGUGUCCCCGUGGACGACCGCCAGGACACAGCAGUGACACCUCCGCGGCGGGCGGCGGGCGGCCCAUGGAGCCCGGGCUGCUGCGGCCGGCGCCGGUGAGCGAGGUCAUUGUCCUUCACUACAACUACACCGGCAAGCUCCGCGGGGCGCGCUACCAGCCCGGCGCCGGGCUGCGCGCGGACGCCGCAGUGUGCCUGGCUGUGUGCGCCUUCAUCGUGCUGGAGAACCUGGCUGUGCUCUUGGUGCUGGUCCGCCACCCUCGCUUCCAUGCGCCCAUGUUCCUGCUCCUGGGUAGCCUCACCUUGUCGGACCUGCUCGCCGGGGCGGCCUACGCCACCAACAUCCUGCUGUCCGGGCCGCUCACGCUGCGCCUGUCGCCUGCGCUCUGGUUCGCGCGCGAGGGGGGCGUCUUCGUGGCGCUCGCCGCGUCGGUGCUGAGCCUCUUGGCCAUUGCUCUAGAGCGCCACCUUACCAUGGCCCGUCGUGGACCCGCGCCCGCCGCCAGUCGCGCUCGCACUCUGGCGAUGGCGGUGGCCGCCUGGGGCGCGUCGCUGCUGCUCGGGCUGCUGCCGGCGCUGGGCUGGAACUGCUUGGGACGCCUGGAAGCCUGCUCCACCGUGCUGCCGCUCUACGCCAAGGCCUAUGUGCUCUUCUGCGUGCUGGCCUUCCUGGCCAUCCUGGCUGCCAUCUGUGCGCUCUAUGCAAGGAUUUACUGUCAGGUGCGGGCCAACGCACGGCGCCUGCGGGCGGGUCCUGGGUCCCGCAGGGCCACCUUGUCCUCGCGAUCCCGGCACACGCCGCGGUCGCUGGCCUUGCUCCGUACACUUAGCGUGGUGCUCCUGGCCUUCGUGGUCUGCUGGGGACCCCUGUUUCUGUUGCUAUUAUUGGAUGUCGCGUGCCCAGCCCGCGCGUGUCCCGUGCUCCUGCAGGCUGAUCCCUUCCUGGGUCUAGCCAUGGCUAACUCGCUGCUGAAUCCCAUCAUCUACACCUUCACCAACCGAGACCUGCGCCACGCGCUCCUGCGGCUGCUCUUCUGUGGCCGCGGACCCUGUAACCAAGACUCCUCCAACAGCUUACAGCGAUCCCCCAGCGCUGCUGGGCCUUCCGGUGGUGGCCUGCGACGCUGCCUGCCACCAACCCUGGAUCGCAGCUCUAGCCCAUCGGAACAUUUGUCUCCCCAGCAGGAUGGGGUGGACACCAGCUGCUCCACCGGCAGUCCCGGGGCAGCAAGUGCCAACCGGACCCUGGUGCCUGCUGCUACAGACUGACGCUGCCCAACCCGCCAUUGCCCUUUGCAAGAGCAGACUGACUCACCAAAUAAGCACAGCAUCUGUAGGAAUUAGCCAGUGGUGCGGAGGGGACAUAUAAGAAGGAAGAGAAAUGGAUUGACCACCCCAUAACAGGAACAGGCAAAAAUGCACGCGGGGUCUGAGAUGGACAAUAAGGAAAAGAAGAAAGUGACUGGAAGGUAUCCAGGUAGUGAUGGAACCUGGGCUGGGAAGCCCUGUAGGAAUGUCAUUCCGGUGUCACAGUGUCAUUCCGUGUGGCUGCAGCAGAAAUUGAGGAGCAGGAGAUGAAAGGGUAGCUUGUGGGGAAGUCUUGGUGCUUCUGAGGAAGGCCUUAGUGAAGGCUCUGAGUGAAGUGGGAAUCACAGAGAAUUCUAAACAAAGAAGAGACUCUCCAGGAUGCAGACCUCCACAGGCACCCUGUGACUACCCUCCAAGGGGCGGGGCUGGACGAUGAAGGGAGAAAGGCCAGGUUCCAAGCAUGCUCAGAACGGAGUGUGCUAAGGGCUGGCCAGCAGAGUGGCCGGCUGCAGAGUGAGGCAGAGCUGUGGAGGGAGGCCUUAGGGUGAGCCUAGGUCCCGAAAUCUGCCUCUGGAGACUUAGCCGGAUAUGAGCUGCCAAACUUCCAGAGUGUGGACAGGUUCUUCAUACAAACGACAACCACAAUGAAAACAACGCAAGGCGCUGUCCUUAAAUGUGGACUUUUUUGAUUUGUUUUUUUCAAGACAGGGUUUCUCUGUGUAGCCCUGGCUGUCCUGGAACUCACUCUGUAGACCAGGCUGGCCUCGAACUCAGAAAUCCGCCUGCCUCAGCCUCCCAAGUGCUGGGAUUACAGGCGUGCGCCACCACUGCCGGGCUAAGCUAUUCAUUUUGAGUCAUUCAUCUACUGAUUUAUUAUUAUUUUUUACGUUCCCCAGAAAGCUGUAUCUAGCAUCUUUAAGUGUUUAUUUAUCGGGGUUGGAGAGCUGGCUCAGCAGUGAAGAACACGUGUUGCUCUUGCAGGGGUCCUGGGUUCUAUUCCCAGCACCCAAGUGGUGAUUCACGGCCGUUGGUGACUUCAGCUCUAAGGUUAUCUGGUAUCCUCAUCUGACCUCUGAGGGCACCAGGCAUGCGCGUGGCACACAGACUGAAUGCAGGCAAAACACACAUACACAUAAGCUAAAUAAAUCUUUAAACAUA